AUGAUGUUGAUUGAUAGUCAAGAAAAUCAAGACGCAGAUCAGCCAGGCGAAAAGUAUGCUGGCUUUGAUGUAUUGUACAAUAAUAUGAAACAUUGCCGCAAUGCCAAUCAAGUAUUUGGUGAUUUCUUGAAGGAAAUAUCCGUUGCUGAAGACACUUUUGCUAAGGCAUUGAUGAAAGUGGCUAAAAAUUAUGCAAAUCAUAAUGCUUUAGGAACUUUUCAACCUGUCUUCAACUACAUACGCAAAAGCACCGAAAACGUAUCCAAUUUAUAUCAAGAAGAUGCUAGAAAAAUGCAAGAUUUAAUCAAGGAUAUUAUAAAAUGUGGUGAAACUUUAAAAGAAAAAUAUAAACUAGCGAAAGACUCAGUUGCAAACACAGCUGAUGAUGUUCAAACAUUGCAAAUUUUAAGUGCAAACAUAUACAAGGCUAGAGAUAUCUAUCAUGGACGCGAAAGCGAAGUUGAAAGACUACGCAGAGAGAAUGCUACCACCAAAGAUAUCGAUAAGAUGCUUUCAAAGGCAAAGAAAGCAAGUGACGAUUAUAAGAAUGCAUUGGAUAAGUUUCCACCAGCUCGUAAAAAUUUUAUAACAAAGUUUACAAAAAGUUGUGGUGUAUUUCAUUCCCAUGAAACUUUUCAUUUAGAAAGAAUGGCAACUUUGGUCAAAAAAUUUGUAGAAUUACAAUCUUAUUUUACUUCAGUUGUUCAGAAAGAAAAUGAUAGAUUAACUAAAGAAUUAACUUCGAUGAGAACGGAAAAUCUUCUACAAAUUUUCGUUGAUAGCAAGGGCACUGGAAAUGAUAUCCCAGUUGAUAUCCCAUUCGAAAGUUACAAAGAUAAACCUCAUGAAGAUAGCGUGCACGACUAUAACCGGUCACAUUCCAAAGAACCAACGAAGGAUGAUAGCAAAAGUCAUCUGUUUAAACUCAAUUUUAAAACGAAAAAGAAGAAGGUAGAUAGAGACUCUACAAACGACAAUUUGUCAAAUAGUGCUAACGAUCAAGAUGAGGCAACCGUUCAAGAUAGCGAUUCCUCCUCUGAUGAUGAAGAUGACAAGAAGAAAAUUCAUGUUAAGAUAAAGCCUGUGUCUGGCGGUCAAACCAAAAGUCAAGUAUCUGUUGACCAACUUAGGGCUAUUGGUAGUUCUCUAUCAUUAUCAUCAGGAGUCCGAGCUGUAAAAUCACCAGGUGGUAGUGCAGAUGAAGAUGAUACUGAUAAUUCUCCGUCUUUACUGGCCGGUACUAAGAUUGGAUUACCAAAGAGAAAAAGUGUAGAUUCAACAGCAAAAAUUGAAAUUUCACCGCCAAGCGAUGUAAAGAAAGCAACUAUCCUCAAUAGUGUUUCUUCACCAUCUGAAAACCCUCCUCCUCUACCUCCAAAAGCGAAAGAUCGGAAUUCUAUAAAUGGGCCGUUAUUUAUUGCAGGACCAACUUCGCCAACUUUGGAUAAAUUACCUCCACCACUGAUGGCAUCCAAUGUUAGAAGCUCUACUAUUUCUAUUACCCCUUCUGGAACAAUUCAGUCUAUACCACGAUCGACUAGUGAUGACCGAGGCCCAAGGAAUGAAGGUUCCUCCCCAUCCCUUUCUCUAAAAACCUUAUCAACCGCUAUUUCAGCAACUAGAAGUGCCUCCAUGCCCGCUAGGACAGAAAAAUCAGCUAUUAUUGCUGUUGCCCUUACUGAAGUUGUUAAUGCAUGUUUCAAACCUGAUGAUAGGCAAGUUACGAAAUGA